AUGGAGAUCGCCACAGAACUGUCCCCUCCCAGCCGGAGUGGUAUUACAGUGAAGACCCUUCUUCUGACAAGGGCAAGGGCAAAGCCAGAGCCGACACUCAGCCAGCGGGGGGUUCCUCCUCUGGCUCUCGAUCACAUGGAAAAAAGACCGCGGAUUCGAUGUACGGCACAACACCUGUGUCCACCGAUGUCCGCGAUCACUCUCGAGGCUGGGGCUGGUCGGUACCUCCGUCACACCGACCUCUCCAAUAUCGCCACAAGGGCCACGCACAGCCUGCAUCGACCGAGAAGCAAACCAAGCUCAACCCCUACACUGACGCUAAUGGAACGACCUGGUAACCUGCCCCUGAUGGGACCGUCUAUGAUUCUGGUGGGAACCGGUACUACAUCGCUGAUGGGAACUUCUACCCGUGCAAUCUGUCGCAACCUGCCGGUGGGAACAACAUCGACUUGCAGCAGGCGCCAAAUCAUGGGCCUGGGGACUGGGACCAAAGCGUUGCAGGCUCCCAGCAGUAUCGGUAUUGGACCCGCGGAUAUGCUCAGUGAUGGACUGAGGUGA